CCGAGGAUUAUGAUUGUUUUGAUAAGUCUAACGAGACAGAAGAACGCCCACAAAACGAUAGAAGUAAAGACAUUUGCGAAUCAAAAAAUAACCGAUUCAUUGUUAACCAGUCUGAGACAGCUAUUCCUGGUUGUGAGGGAUGCACGUGCUGUCAGAGAAAAGACUGUUACACAGAAUCUAAGCUGUACAGUGGUACAUGGAGCCGCACACUUUCUGGUCGCACGUGUCAAAGAUGGGACACACAAUUCCCUCAUGCGCACAUAUAUAAUACGUCGCAGAGUUUCCCUAUGGACGACAGUGUCUCUGAGGCACAAAAUUUCUGCCGGACUCCUGUGCUGAUACAACUGAAUCAAGUUUCAGUUCAGCCUUGGUGCUUAACGACAGAUCCUGACACACCAUGGGGAGUUUGUGGAAUACCACCUUGUGACUCUGGUCAGAUAUUAGGGACGAAGACGGAAAUGUGUUUUUCCAUAUGUGUUGCAGCUGUUGUAGCAUUUGUCAUCUCAAACGUUGCAAUUUUCCAGUUUUAG